GCCAGUGGUAAUGCGUGAGUCUGGUGGUUUUACUCCGUACUGACAGUCUCACCGGACCCUGGAGCUGAAGGUAAUGCUCUGUCAAGAGGUGCACAUCAAGAGUCUCUUAUGUCAAGUUUGUGCUUAGUUUCAUUUGAAAGGUGAAGAUCAGUGAUGGACUUUCAGGAUCUUUUUUAGUUCAAUCAAAGAACAGUUUGGAGAUUUUCCCAGAUUUGGUGAUCAAAAGCUCAGCUCGCAUUUUCUUUUUCUUUUUUGCAGGCAGAGAUUUAAAUAUAUCUGACGCAAAAAAAAUGGUUUUAGUAACACCAGUGCUGUUGCUGCUGUUGCCUUGGUUCUCACUGCAAGCUGUCGCAGAGAUCUGCCGGGGGCCGUACUGCUACCGCGCGGAAACCGGCGAUCCAAGACCGUGCACCGGAGCGCACUGCCCGGGGAGCAGAUCCUCCAGACCGCCGCGGCAGUUCAACCCGACGACGCAAGGGAGAGCGGCGCAGAUCGUCGCCAGCCAGCACCAUGCAUACCCGAGCUCUCCAAGAGCAGCGCCGGACGCUUACCCCGCCGUCAAGCCGCUUCGCGUGCGGCACAGCGACGGCGGCGGCGCGCGGAUGAGAGCGCCAGAAGUUUUACCUGCAGGAUGCACCGAUGCGGACUGCGCCCCUGUUGUGAAACAUUCUCAGUCCGCUAAUGACACCCGAGACUGUAGGGGGAUCGAGUGCAGGCUGCCGCUGAGGAUACGGCCAAGAGCUCGCGCGAAGUCUUGUGUGGGAGAGGGGUGCAGUUCAGAGGAGAGCACCAGCCAGCUUCCUCCUGUCCAUCUGUCCGACAGAGCCGCGCAGUUUCUGGGAGAUUUUCCGGAGCUUGGAUAUCCGUCGUCGGAACUUGGCGGCGCACCUUUGGGUGUCCAGCUCACAUGUGACAUCAACCCAGGGGAGAACGAAGUUCCCUCUGAAGAUGCCCUCAUCUUGCACCUCCAGCUGGCGAAGGGGCAGGAGAAGCUGGUGGAGGCCCUACGCGCCCAGCAGAUCGUCAUCCGCGACCUGCAGCAGAAGCUCGCCGACCAACAGGAGGCGCUGCUGUCCCAGCAGAGGGAGAUCCUGGACCAGCAGCGGCGCAUGUAUGACCAGAUGGAUGUGGUGAAGGCCCAGUACGGCCUCCUGUCGGACACCGUCAAGCAGGUCUCCUUCCAGGGCCUUCAGGGUGAGCUGCAGAGCUACUUCGAGAGCCACCUGGCGGGUCUGCAGAGCCAGGCCCGCAGCCACCUACAGAAGUCCUACGCCGUGCACAAGAUGGAAAUCGACUCGAAGGUGAUGGAUGUAGUCGGAGAGGCUCAUUUUCCUCAACCUCUGCUGGGUUGCCCUUCGACUUGUGAGGGGGAGGAGUACUGUGAUUUUCAGAGGGACCCACCUCAGUGUGAGAAGUGCACCAUGUGUCCACCGGGCUUCUUUCUGAUCUCGCAAUGUUCUCCCACUGCAGACAGGAUGUGCCAGGACAGAGAUGAAUGCCUUGAAGUACCAAACAUUUGUGGAGAGCGAGUGAAGUGCCUUAAUACUCCAGGGGGGUUCAGGUGUCUGGGGGUUUCUGAGAGAGAAGCAGUGAUGGGCUUGUGUGGUCCCGACUACUUCUUCAACCAGGAGCUGCAGGAGUGCCAGGCCUGUUCUGACUGUGAUGGAGAGUCGGUUUCUGCUCCCUGCACAGCUAUCACUGACUCAGUCUGCGGCCAGCCUUCAGAGAGCCGACUCUCCCAGUCUUGGGGGGCCAGUGUGGGAGUCCCAUCCGCCAGGUCUUCUGGCGGCCACAUCUUCCCUGGGCUUCAACUUAACAUCCGAGGCAAAGAGAGAAUUGAUCUGCUGUCCAACGAGGCAGGGCAGGUGACGUUCCUGCAGCACGGUCUCGUGUGGUUGGAUCAUAACUUUGCGAUAAAGCACAGCUGCAGGAACUUCCUCCAGGUGGGGAUGAGGCUCAACGGGAGCCAGGAGGAGGAGGGUUGGGACCUCAGUGGUGUUCGCAUCGAACAGCCGGAUGGGAAAUACUUCCAGGGUGUCAGCGUCAGCAGUGGAGUCGAGGUGGAGCCCAACCACACCUUCACUCUGCUGCUGAAGAGCCCCAAUCAACACUGCAACCAGAGCAAGGAUCUUCACCUCUACGAUAUCGCCACCCCCUCAGUCAGCCUGCUCUGGUUGUCGCAUGACACCGGUGCCGUAGCUAUGACGGCUCAGAUGUCCCUGUUGACGCACUACCAGACCAGCUAUCGCCCAACUUUCCGCAUUACCUCAGUGUCCGACCCUUAUAUGACCAUUCUAACGCACGACAACCGCGGCGUGCGCUUCACAGAGAGCGGUGUGGUGAAGUUCGUCCUCCAACAGGCGCUUUACUCUAUGGGCCACACCUGCAUUCGAGAGGGUUUCUCCCUGAUUGCCUACACCAACCGCAACGGGACCGGCCAGGAGGCGAUGCAAGCCUUCAAGACGGGCGUCAACUACAGGGACACCUCCAUCACCCUCUCUGGCGCCGUGAGCGUAGCUGGCGGCGACACGCUGAGCUUUGAGAUCACAUCUCCGUCCCAGUGCAACAUCCGCUACUUCGGGGACAGCACCGGGAUCAGCGUGCUGAGCCUCAUCUGGAUUCCCUCGGCAGUGUCGUCGGCGCUGACUGCUACUGUGUCCAGGACGGGUCUGCCCUCUGGAGCAGUCAGGAAUAAGCCGCUGUCGUUCCAGCAGAUCGGCGCCGACACACCGCAGGUUCGAUUGGCCCGCUCCGGGGAGCCAAACAGCCGGAAGAACUUCAUAUUCCACGAGAAAGGGACGGCGAACAUCGCCCUGAACCUGAAGCUGAUACACUCCUGCAAUAUUGUGAAACUCACUUUGCAGCGGGCGGGGGAUCAGGGCAAGCAGGCGGGUCCUGUGGCUCAGCAGGUGUCUGGACAUAUGCCGGAAGGGAGCGAGUGGGCCAGCAUCGGGCUGAGGGCCUCGUUUCCGGUCCAGAACGGUACGGCGGUCUAUGUUACUCUGGACUGCAUCCGUGGGCGAGUUAACCAGAUAACACACGAGGGCGGCACUAACAUUUCAAUCCUCUGGGUUGCAGUGUGAUCCAAGAAGCCUUUUUAUCAUUAACAAGAAGACAGUUUUGCACAAUAUUGAAUUGCAGAGCAGAUUCAACAAUUUACCAAAUAAAGAGAGAUGAAAACAAUGUUAUUCAUCUAUUACACAUAUUUUGUCAUAUUAUUGUUCUAAAUGUAUGUUUCAUCACCUGUUUAGACUUUUAUUGUGAAAUCUCUUGGAUAUGAUUAACAUAAGUACUGCUUUCGCUUGAAGUACUUCGGCUGGUUGAGCAGUGACCAAUUAUACAUGGGAUGUGUGUGUGUGUGUGUGUGUGUACAGUGUGUAUGAGUGUACGUACAUGUGCAGUGGUGCUUGUUAUGUAUGUGUGUGUGUAUGCGUGUGUGUGUGUGUGUGUUUAUGUACAGAUUGGCAUGCCUACCUUUCUAGGAGUCGUUUAAUAUGUAUAUCCUUCUGUUCCUGCACAUAUUUAACUUUUGUACUGUAUGUAACAAAUGUUUUCUGUAUUAUAUCAUUAGGCAUUUAAAAAUAGUUUAACAUUUUGGGAGCUACUAAGCUAAGCUAACUGGCUGCUCUUGCUAGCUUCAUAUUUACCAUACCAAUGUUAGAGUGGUAUCGGUCUUCUCAUCUAUCAUUAAGGCCUUUACACACUGUAGGCGUGACAAACAAAUAACACAAAAAUGCUAAAUACUGGCCUGUGAAUUUUUGUUCUUCUUCACUAUCGUGUACAUUUUGAAUAUGCCUGUUUUUCACAACAAGAUUGGUUGCUGCCUUUAUUCUAAGUGCAAAAGGCUCAAGAAUCAACCUAUAUUCACCUUCUGACAAAAACACGUUGCGUGUUUGUGUGACAAAAAAUGCUGUCUACAUGCAUUGCCCAAAAUGUCAAACUAUCCCUUUAAUGCUCUGAAGACUAAUGAAAUAGCUAUACACACAUGCUAGGUAAACUCUCUCAAGCAGGAGUUGGUAUUUUAUGUUGUUUUUGAUGAUAUUUAUUUGCCUUUUAUAAAACGUGACUUUUGUAUUUACACUAUAGAAUACAUAUAUUUGUCAGUCAUGAGAAAAGCAUAAAAAUAUGUGUAUGUGGUAAAGUGCUGAAUAGGCAGUGUUGGUAUUCAUUAGCACACGCAGCGGUAGCCUCUAUCACACAUCUAUUUGCACACGUAUAGUUUAACAUAGUAUUGUGGAAUGUGCAAACAUCAUACUUUGUUAUUCUUUUGCCUGAAUGCUGUUUCCCUGUGAGGAGUUGCCCAUGCAUAUCGUUCAUAAUUGCCUCUGUGUGUGUUCUGUCCUCUAAACAAUUAGGCAUAAUUAAGUGUUUCAGGGAGUUGGCAACGAGGCCGGCCACGGAAAUUCUUCAGAUUUAUUCUCACUUCAUUAUGUUUAGUGAUUUUUCUUUUAGUUUUCUGUGGUUGGGCUCCCUGCACAUGUCAAUGCAUGCACUCUUCUUCAACACCAAAUAAAAUGUACAUAUGUUUAGCCAGAGAAUGACUUUAACUCCAGCUUGUUCAUAUUGUAUUCUGU